GAUUUCCAUCUCCACGAUCGGACCCUUGCUUCGGUCAUCCCUUCCUCUUUCGCCUGCGCCGUGCCGCCCCGCGUCGUGUCGUGUCGGAGCAGGCAGAGGAGCAGCAGAGUCGGUCAAUACUCCGGCAACGCGACGGUGAGAGCACGACGGUCCGUGUACGCACGCCGUUCGCGCUCCACAUCGUCAUCGAGAAACGUCAUUUUUUUCUUCACAUUGCAUUUUUUCUAAUCUCUCGUCCUAUUUCUCUCUGUCUCUCUCUCUUUGUCUCUAUCUUUCUUUCCCUCUCUCUCUCUCUCUCUCUCUCUCUCUCUCUCUCCCUUUCUCUCUUUCUUUUUGUUUCUGACCCACUGUCUUUCUCGUCUUUCACGCGAGAUUAAUUCGCGCGAUUCGCCAAGACGAUCGUCAAGUACGCGCUGGUCGUCGUCUCCGUCGCCGUAGCGUUUGUCUGUUCCGUCGCGGGCGCCGGUAGUGCAACGUCUCGCCUCUCCGCAAACGCGCGUAGACGUGUCCAGUGGAUGAUGCAUUCGACUUAACGGUGUAUGUAUACGUACUCAUAUAUAUAUAUAUAUAUAUAUAUAUACAUAUAUGUGCACGCGGGCAAACGAGAGUACGUAAACGUGUGUUAUCCACGCAUACGCGCACAUCGUGGAAGCGCGCGAGGAGGCGGUGCGCACGACCACCGAGAGCAUCGUCGUCGGCAUUCUUGUCAUUCCAUUCGUUUACUCGUCCGCGGGUGAGCUGCCGCGAGUGAUAACAUUGUAACGUGCGACGUAAAAGAAAGAAGGAUAUCGGAGGAGCAGUGCAGCAGAGACAGAUUUCGUCAAGAUACGUGUGAAGUUAAGUGUGAAAGACAAGUCGCAGCUGCCGCGCAUAUUCCAAGGAUUAGUUGUGAUUUUAGUGAUUCGCGCGGUCACGGCGCGAAUCGUUUGGUGAACACGCGCGUAUCCGUCGUGGAAUUUCGGAAGAGGGAGAAGUGUAAUCUCCCGGGUAUUAAGUCAGUGAUGCAUCUCGACGCAUGAUGGAUAGGCGAGCCUUUCCAGCCAGUAGCGGCAGCGGCAGUGGCACCGGCGGCGGUCGCGGCUUUUUCUCCACCGGCAGACUCAUGGAUAUAUGGAUAUUUUUCAUGUUCGUCGCCAUUGCCGACGUGGCGGCGUCAGUGGAAGUUCACUUCGAAAAUAAGGAUGGUGGAUUCUUCCUAAAACACAUACCGCGGCAAUAUUACCCGGCCCGCGGCACAUCGGACACUAUCCCGCCACUAUCUACGGGUGCAUCGAAUAAUAAUAACAAUAACAACAAUAAUGCGGGAAGUGCGGUACCAUCGCCGCCGCCUGGUUCUGUCCUCUCGAUCGACAAGUUCACCGUCUUUCAGACAAGCGAGCCGGUAUCAGUACGGGCUACGUAUGGUCCUUUCAGUACCAAACAAACCGUACCGGCACGUUAUAUAGUUCCCGAUCCGUUAGACGCGCUGCCGGGACCAGAGACGCGACGCAAUCUCACUGCAGCAACUAUCCUGGAUGCACAGGAACUCGGCGCUCGGCAUUUGGACAUGUCAGCUCACCUGGUGGGCAAUAGCGUGCCGCGUGACUCGCCCGUUCUCAGGGUGCUCUUCCAUGCCGGCAGUGAGGCCAGUGGUAGACGUCAACUGUUGAUGGCACGGCAUCAACGGGUUUGUGUGGUGUUGCAUGCUAGCUUGGCUAGUCCAUCGCGGGGCAAUGCCGCAAGCAGAAGCAGCACUGGACAUGGCUAUUCUUCCUCUUCAUCAUCUUCCGCGCUUACGGCCGUCUGUAGUCCCGAUGGUGAGAACGGCGUGUGCCUCGCGCAGAUUACCAUACCGGCCGAUUGGUGGCCACCUUUACCGCCACCCGAUGCUUCUGGCCGUGUCAAAGUCGCCAAAAGUCUGCCACGAUUGAUCCAGGUUGCUUACUCCGUACUAGAACCGCGUACGGAAGAGGGAGGGGUUAGUAGUGGCGGCAGUAGUAGCAUCGGCAGUGGCAGUUCGGCUGACAGUGGAUCAGGAUUCUGCAGACCCCGAGUGCAAAUACAGCCAGUCACUCCUCUAGGCCAAGUGCCGCUCGCGCCCAACAAGGCGGAUUACAAGGAACUCAGAGCAGAUGAUUCGCUGACCUUAUUGGUGCCGCACGGACCGCUUUAUCCAAGAUCCAGAUUACACAUUCCGGCUUUUCUGCACCCUAUUAAGGUGACGGACCUUCGACAGGAACGACCACCGUUGAUCGUCGCGGUUUACUUAAGAGCACGAGUGAAGUCCGGCAUAAAGAUCCUGGAUGCUUCAUCUAGUAGUCCAGAUUGGAUUGUCGAUAGUGAUGUCAAUGUGAAAAACACUGCCGCCACAUUCACAGCGCGACGUAAAGAGAACUCAUCGCGUAUACCGAGCACAUCUGCUGAAGAAAUAAUGACGAUGCUGCUAGAGGCCAGCGAGGAAGGCAUAGGUGGAAGCUGGGACGGCGGUAGAAUCGUGUGGAGCGUGCGUUAUACACUUGAAGGCGAGGAGGAGAACAGUUCGCAGUUAACGGGCGAUCAGUCACAACAACGAAUGCAGCAACGCCAGCUACAACAUCAUCAUCAUCAUCAUGUCGAGAGACGAAAACUGCAAGCACGGCUGGAAAUACAGAAGGAUGAUAUACAAGCGGUGCUUCCAAUCUCUAAGAACUGGGAGGUAAUGAAUACGGCGGUGUUGACGGGACGUCAGGUGUCGCAGGGAAUGAAGGUUUUCAUCGUGAGCCAGGCCGGUACGGUAGCCGACGUCACACUGCAGUCGUCCUGUCAUUCCGAGGACGAGAGUGUCCUCAAGGUAUCGUCUUCGUGCAGUAGCGUAUACGUGGAUGGCUCGGAGAUCCGGGGUUCCAGCAACGCUUCGGUUCUCGUCAAGUAUGGCACAUAUACCGGCCUGGCUAGAUUCACCGUGUGGAUGCCCGAACUUCCGCUUGAGGUGAGCGUAGCUGAUACGCGGCUAAACCAGAUAAAAGGUUGGAAGGUGCCGGAAGAGCACGUGACAAGUACGAAGAGCAAACGGAGUUUGCUGAAUGCUACGCAGAAUGAAGAAAACACUGGAGUUGCCUCAACACCAACAAUAUCGCCGGAAACACCGUUGGUGACUGCACGAGCAAAAAAGAGAAGCGCCGUCGAUCUAGAAGAGUCGAUAGAGGACACAUCUAUCGACGUGGACGAUCCAGAUGGACUUCUUGAGGAGGACGAGCACGAGGAGCGGUUUCAAUCUAACGGGAACGAUCACGGAUGGGACACGAUCAAUUCCAUCGAUCGAAAUUUGUCCCCGACCAAUUGCAGGUUGCGCUUCCAGCAAAGCCCGGUUGAGGUGCAUGCCCGAUUCUUAGCGACUGAUCAUGAUUCAGGCAGAGUUUCAUACUUCGUCAAUCGACGCACUUGGUUACGCGUUACCGACCUCAUAGCCGGUAUGCUGCGUGUCUCCGAUCCUAGAAUAGCAACUCUUCUUCAAAAUAGACUAGUUCAAGGACGCGGAGUGGGUCGCACGGAAGUGCAGGUACUGUCACCAAUUACUGGAAGGGUUAUCGGCGCAAAGGAAAUCAGGGUCGGAAACGAUCGCGUGUCCGUGACGCGUCUGUCCGUUCGAGUGGUGUCCGGACUUCAGCUUAGUAUCAGUCCAGACACUGCAAUCGAGAAUGGAUACAUCGCCGAAACUUCAGUUACAAGAAGAUUGACCGCACAGUAUCAGGAAGGACUACUGGACAUUGAUGUGGAGUUUUCGGACAGUACUCACACACCCCUCAGGGAAAUCGCCGUGAGCGAUUACCAUUUAUUAGUUGAAAGUCUGGAUCCGGAAGUUGUAGCGUUCGCACCGAUGGUUGCUUCCCAUCAUCCACGAGUAAUCGCAGUCGGAGAGGGUCGCGGCGACUUGCUGCGCGUCACUUUACAGUUGGCCGAUUCCUGUCGAUUAUCCGGCAGACGUUCAAGCAAGGGCUCUCAGAGGACGGUGUCUGUCGCGUUGGCAAGCGCAUCGGCCAACGUCGAGGUGGAUUUCGCUUCGAGCGAGGUACCAAAUCGGCCAGAAUUUGUACAGAAUGAUGGCGGUGGCACUGUUGGUUCUCACCAUCACAAAGAACGUAAAACCGGCCGAGGAGAAAUGGCGUCUGAUCUACACGAUAUCCUCAUCGGGUUACCACUGAAAGACGAGAAAGACGGGCACGGGCACAAGCACGAGCCUUUGGUGCAGGCACGGCAGCAUCGCACGGCUAUAGCUAAUGGCAUGUCUUCAGGGGGUAUGAGCGGCGUCGGCGUGCGUCACCAUGGCGUCGGGGCACGGAUGAGUCCGCUCGAGAUCGGGAUGUACGUGCUGCUCGCGGCAUUCUGCUUCGCAAUCGUUGUCUUCGUUGUCUCCUGCGUGGUGUACGCCAGCAAAUUUAAACCCCAGCCACCAGACUCCCCGCUGACCGGCGCGGCCGUUCCGGUGCUGUCUGGCGCGGGUGCGAGAGCUCGUGCCGCCGCCAACCAGCUGGCGUCUGCUGGUAGACGACCGCCACGCGAAUCGACCACCAACGCACACGACUGGGUAUGGCUGGGCAGAGCGACCCUCGAGCGAGCUGCUUGCGGUCCGCAACAGGUGCGCGUAACGAGUAAUCCGUUGGCUGGUGAAGGCGAACCCGAGGCCGAAUUGGGCACAUGCUUUGACAAUCCGAACCACAUCGAGCUACCAUCUUCCAAUCAACGGCCCAGCGGCAGUAGCAGUGUCAUCGACACCACCACUUAUUCUAAAAAGGACCGAAUAGCGCGAAACAGUUUUGCGGUAAAAUCCGCGGGCAAGCCGUCCGCGGUGAUACCGCCUACUACAGCUACGACGGUGGCGGCAGCGACAUCAAUGGUAGCUCCAAAAAUGACCACUGCGCGGAACGAUAAUGACGAUAUUCCUCCGCCUUUGCCACCACACGGAGUACCGAUUACAAGUUCGACAUCGACAACGGUGACUACAGCAACCACGACGUCAGUCGGCACAAGCGCGAACAACGGCAAUAACGAAGACUAUAAGCCGCCGGUACCACCACAUAGGAACACCGGGAUGGGCAUGCGGUUGCCAGAACCGCCACGAAAACAUCGUCACAGAGCAUCCAGUAGUGGUAGCGGCGGCCAUCACGGAAAUAAUCAUCGGAGCAGUAACAAAACGCAACAACAGUCAAAUCAUCAUAUAAUAAUUAAGCCACACGGGAAAACCAAAAUGGACAAUGCAAACAAGCAAAAUGGCGAAAACGAGGAAUUUGUGGAGUUAGUAAAUCACGAUGACAAUAGACAUGUCGCGAAGGAUGCCGAGAGAUCUCGGGAGAUCAAGAGGGCGACUAUAGUCGGUAAUCCGAUGUACUCAUCCUUCUCUACCUCCGCCGUGGUAUCCACUGCUAUCUCUACCGUAAACUCAUCCACUCCGACUAGCGGCGCGGCAUCGUCCACCACAACAUCUCCGCCGUCUUCAUCGCCGUCCGCCUCCUCUUCCUCAUCCUCCUCUAACUCCUCCUGCGCCUCAUCCUUCUCCCAGGAGCAAGAGGAAUCGGUGGCGCUCGAUGACCUUAAUCUAGGUAUGGACUACAAUCAGAUUAUGCAAUAUUUCGAUAACCUGAAAGAGUCGAAUGCCUAGGUGAGGCCCUUCGACCUUUUCGAAGGUCGAGUAGUAGUCAACGUCGAUAUGGAAUACCGGAAUCCUCGUUAAUAAAAAUACAGCAUACGCAGUCAAGUUGUUUCUUUCUCCUCUUGAGAAUUCUCAGAGAGAAUUUCGUCGAGAAAUUCGUGACACUACUUGCUCUUGCGGGAGAUUUCGCCAUCACCGAGGACUACAAUUCCCCGGAUAUUUCGUAUCUUAGACUAAUAAUCUAGUCAGCUUCCUAGCAGCACAUUAAGAAUAACGCGCAAAUACGUACAUACAUACACCUACGCUCAUAUUAACGAAAACUUAAGAAAGGGAUAAUUCCUUCACACACGUUUCACACAGUCUCUCGACAAUUUGUUACGUCCGCUAGCAAUUUUUUGGCGUAACAGGUGAAAGUUCCUCAAGUACAAUAUAUAUAAUUUCUCGAUAUAUAUACUUAUUUUUUACAUUGAUACGUAAAUAACUAUACGUAAAAUGUAAUACGUAAAUAAUAAGUAAAUUAUUACAUAAAUACCCAUACAGCACAAAACUUGCAAUUACAUUAUAGCAAUGUUAUAACAAGAUUGCAAUUUUGGAGCAAUAUUGCUACAAUGUAAUUGCAAGUUGUGUGCUAUAUGGGGUAUUAAUGAGAUAAAGAGAUUAUGUAUCACAUCAAUAUUUUAUAUCAUAGACACACGGAUGCAUAUUUUUAUCUUUUAUUUUUAUUUUUCCAAAUUAUUUUUACACACACACACACACACACACACACACACACACACACAAAAUUCAAUUUUAAGUAUUUUUCUCUUUUUUUUGUGCUGAUACUUUUGCUAUUUUUGUUUACGAAAUAUUUUCUUUUUUUUAAUCUUGGACUAAUAACAUAUUUAAUAGAUUUAAUUUGUAUCGUGUGUAACUUAUAUGUUAAUAUAUACACAAUGUGUAUUCGCGAUUGUGACUGCGAAAACUUGCUAGCGUAAUAAGUAGUCAGAGUACUGUUUGUAUACGCAAGAGGCUUUAAAAGAAACUGACUGUUGGUGGCCGGUGGGGUAGGUAGAUCGCUCGUUCGAUGAUAAAAGCGUCGCGCCAUAUUUCGACGUUCCGUUUCUCGCUACGAGCUUUCCUUCAUUUCACGCAGGACUAUCACGGAUCUUCGCUCUCACCUCCAUGCUAUCUUGAUCUCUCACUCGAACCCUUUCUCCGCUACUACGAUUUCUUCCUUUGUCAGGUUGCAAGAUAAUGAACAGACAAUUCGAGACACUUUAUAUUUUUAUCGCGCAUGCAAUUUGAUAACGCGAAAAUUUUAACGUUUAUGAUUUUCAUAUAAUUUUCAAAGACAUGUUGGUAUCCUUUGUAUUAAGUUUUAUAUCGUAAGCUAUUUUAGGAAAAUAAAAAAGUCAAAAUGAUGUAAAAAUAUAAUAAAUGAUAUCAAAUUGUAUAAAAUUUUUGUUUUCUUGACUCUACAGGUAAAAAAGUUUUUCCUGUAAUUAAUCCUGUAAUCCAUUUUAUUGUUGAAAUCAAUUUUAUUAGCAUCACAUUUCAGAAUAAACAAAAUUAUUAAAAAUAUACUUGGGGAAAAAAUUUACGAUAUUUCCAAUCACCUAAGUCAUAUUUAUUAUAUAUUUUUAUAGGUACAUAGAUACGAGAUCAACAUUUUAAUCAUAACUAAAAUAUAAUGUAAAUCUAGUCAUUAUAACAUUAAUUUUUUCAAACAAUUUUAAAUUUCUCAAAUUUUUUAUUCAAAAUUUGCAAAAAGUAAUCCACAAGGUCCUCGUUAAAAGUCUUACAUGACAGCAAUGCAAUUUCUGCAUUUAACAAUUUAACGGAAAGUGCAAAAAUGUGUUCUUGAACCCACUAUAUUUAUGUUAACGUUCAGCUUACGAAUUGUCAAUCAGAUAGCUAAGUCAAUCUGUAUGUAAGACGCGAUCAAAAUACAGCAAAGCAUUUUCUUGCAACCCGACUCACAAUCAGUCGCAUUGGAAGACACAUAUUUAUUCGAUCGACCGUAUGUCGUAAUGUUUGUAAAUUUUGCUUCGUAAGACUGUGUACAUAUAUAUUAUAUAUAUACAUAUACAUAUAGAUGCGACAGAGCGCAUGUUAAAUAAUGAAUUUAGGUUUAAAGUUACAUUUGUAUGGCUAAUAGAGAAUCGCGAAUCGUUCCACGUAUCAUUCGACGAGAAACUUGUUCAGUUGUACCGAAUGCCUCCACAAUGCUCGAACGCUGAUCUCUGAUAUCGCUUUUGAAUUAUCCUUCAUCCCUCAUGACUUCACGAUCUUUUUAAGUACGUCUACGCUCGGCAUUUUUUAUUCUGCCGAAAGUACUUUCAUGAGUGCGCCCACAUAUAUGUAUGGCAUGUAUAUGGCGUGUAUAUGUUAAAACGAGAUCGGAUAUAUGAAGCAUCUUAAUAUCGAUACCUAAUUAUGUAUAUCGACGCAUUCCCAUAUUGCACAGAAAGAUUGUAGAAACAUUGCAGAAAUAUUGCAUUGCAAGAUUGCAACAUUGCUAUACAUUUACCUAUACAUUUUAUAAAUUUUUGUUAUAACAUUAUUUCAAUAUUGCAGCAAUGAUCAUCUUUAAAUAUUGUAGUAAUAAUAAAUCGUGUGAUCACAUUUUAGGUCCCAUUAUAUUAACAUAUUUUAACACAUAUAAUUUCCAGGAAUAUAUUAUAUGUCCCUGAAUUAAUUUUUAUACAAAAAAAUUAAAAAAUUUAAAAAUGCAUAUUAUUUACAUUAAUCUUCAAACUCGAUUUUGGCAACUUAUCUCUUCAAUAAAUUAUUUCAUUAAAAUAAGGAUGAAAAAUCUUAUAAUGCUGCUCCUUUUAUUUUAUUGUGUAAUUUUUUAAAUUACGAGAAGUAGAAUUUUACAGUCUCCAUAUCUCCAUUUAGCGGCAAUGGAGCGUACUGCUCAGGAGUGAAGCAUAGAUAUUAUUUUUCACAAUAUUUUCGAAAUGUUGCUGAAAUAUUGUUAAAGUAAUAUUGCAACAAAUUUUGUAAUAUUGCAAUGUCGCUGCAAGCUUUUGUGCUGAUAUAUAUAUGUGCUGAAAUAUAUUUGGGUACAACAUUGAAAUAUACGAUACCUUAAUUAAGUGCGUACUUGCUUUAAACAUUUGUAUCUAGGUAUUAUAUCUGUUACGGGAUACUGUAACGUGUAUAUAUAUAUAUUUGCCAUAUCAAGUGUAUAAUUGUAUAUUUACCGAAGAAACAUUAUCCGAAAUACUGAAAUCGACCGUGCGGAAUUAUGAAGACAUCUCUUCGUUUUAUAACAUAUCUCUAUUUAGUUUAGAUUUCAUUUACAAUCACUAGCUUAUCGCAAUGCAUCAACAAUAUUCGGAUACCAAAAAUUGGUUUCAGAAUUUUUAAUAACUAUUUCACACGUGCAUAUACUUAGGUGCUACUUCAAAAAUUGUACGUAUCUAUUAUUGUAAACACAUCUUUAUUGUAUAUCCGCAUUUUUACCUAGAUACAAAAAAAAAACAUAUAUAAUCGACACGUUUGGAAGUAUAUAAACUAAGUGAAUAUUGUAUCUACAAUUAGUUUAUUAGUAAAAAACAAACAUAAAUUUUACGCCAAGCAAGUAAAAAAUAAUAGAAAAAUUAUUCUUAGGACAAUUUUUGAAAAUAAUUAACUCAAACAUUGGCUGCUUGUGUGUACAGGAAUUUGUUGAGACAUAACACAUUAUACAAUAAAAAUAUAUAAAAGGACCAUUGCUAUUAACUAUUAUAAGUAUUGAAUUCAUCAAAUAGUGACAUAAAUAGUUAGUUGUCACUCUAGAAAAAAGGCCAUCAAAAUUUUAUGAAAAAGUAACGAAUUAUUACACUCUAAAUAACAAUAACUUUUUAAAAUCUGUAACAAAUAAUGAUAACAAGUUUUACAAAAUGGUAAUGCGUAACGGGUUAUUUUUAUAAUGUAACGUUUUGUAAAGUAAUUCCUAAUUCUGUGAAUAAUAGUUUAUAUGAAUAAUACAGCAAAUGUUUCUGAUAAAAAAUCUAAAUAUAGAAGCAAAAGGAUAUUUUAUCACUUGUAAUUUUUGUUGUAUCAUUUAUUUUAUAUAUUACAUUUAUUUUAUUCAUGUGUAUUUUAAUAAAAUAUAUGUAAUUGUUUAAUACUAUAAAGUCUGAAGUAUGUUUUAAAAAGAACAAUUCGUCAGAUAGAGCAUAUUCACUUAGUCUAUACAUACUUUCACUCGUAUUUGUAAUAACGAAAAGACAAAAAGAGAAAGAAAAAUAAUUGUUCUUCCCGAUCAACUAGAAUAGUUACCAACACAUCAGCAUUUCUAUUGUUUUUCAAUAAAAAUAAUUACCGCGAAACAAUCGAAUAAAAUAAAAA